AUGGCUUCAGAAUCGAUUGGCAUCUUUACCGCAGCUACAGCUCAGCAGGACGCCGGUACCAACGGAGUUGACAUCACUACGCAAGUCAAUGGUAACAACCACCCAACCAAACUUGAUGAGACAGGCCAUGACCUGAACAAAGCCACCGAAGAAUGUAAACAUGUCAAAACCGUCAACCCCGCCGAGGAGACCAGAUCGGGCGAGCAAAUCUCUGCCCCGGCGAGUGCUGACGCCCAGGAGCCUACCGGGGAGAACAAAGCCGAGCAACCAACUACUGGCAAUAAACGCGAACAUGAGUCGAUCUCCACCCCUACGGACCCCGGCAAGGCUACUACGGUGGCUUCGACUGAACCGUCUGUUGCACCUGCCGCUAAAAAGCAAAAGCCCGAUACCAACACUGCGACUGAAAAUGGUACUGUGCCAAACGGAGAGAAGAAAAAAAGCCAUUCCAAGAAGGUGAAGGAUACCGUGAAGAAAACUAUCCCUACGGAUGGUAUCGGCAGCCGGACACGUAGUCGAACCAAGACUGCAUCUUGA